AUGGACCAAUUUGAACAGAAUCAAGCUGCCCUCCGUAGAGAUAUGGAUGUCAUGGGGGAUAGGAUGACCCAACUCAUGGAGACCCUCCAUGUCGUUGUUCAAGGACAAGAUGAACUCAGGAAGAGUGUCGCUAGUUUGAUCAAAGAGACUCCUACCACUUCUGCUACCGGAGUACCAAAACCUGGAGAGAAUCCUGAUGGUGGCACAACUAAGUUGGUGGACGAUUACCACAACGUUAUUGAUCUUGAUCAUGACAUUACUAAUGAGAUAACUGAAACUGCUAAGAUGUACCAGGCUCUCGAGGAACGCCUCAAGGCCGUUGAAGUCACCAAAACUUCAAGCUUCAAUACUUCUGCACUGUGCUUGGUACCUGGGAUUGUUAUUCCCCCGAAAUUUAAGGUGCCAGAUUUCGAUAAGCCAGCCUGUAGAGCCCCGUUGGAGUGGUAUAUGAAGCUUGAGAGGGCUAAUGUCGGUACUUGGGGACAACUUGUUGAUGCCUUCUUGAAACAAUACCACUAUAAUACUGCCAUGGCUCCCAGCCGCGCUCAACUCCAAAAUAUGGCACAGAAGUCUGAAGAAUCUUUCAAAGAGUACGCCCAGAGGUGGCGCGAACUUGCUGCUAGAGUUCAACCUCCCCUCCUCGACCGCGAAUUGAUUGAUCUGUUUAUGGGUACUCUAAAAGGCCCGUAUCUUCAACACAUGAAGAAAGAAGGUGAGACCAGCACCGCCUCUGUUGAUCAAAGCCGAGCCCCUGUGUACUCUGCUGUCCCACCCCCUUAUUACCCGAUGCCUUAUACCGUUCCUGGCCCAUCUGUUCCUCAGGCAUAUGCCGCUGCUCUCCCACAGCCAUGGGUGGCACCUCAACAGCCAUUCAUCCCACAACAACAAGUUACGGCCCCUCAGAACCGUCAACAGAACCCAAGGCCUCAAGGUCAAAGGGGCCCACAGAGGGCAAGGUACCAAGAUAGGCGUAUAGAUCCGGUCCCGAUGACGUAUGCUCAACUUCUCCCUCAGUUGCUUGCCGGUCAGUUGGUACAGCUUCUUGAACUUGGUCCUCCACCUAGUCCUCUUCCUCUUGGCUAUGAUGUUAAUGCCCGUUGUGAAUUUCAUUCAGGGGCUCCAGGCCAUACGAUCGAAAAGUGCAGAGCAUUCAAGUUGAAGUUUCAGGAUCUCCUCGAUGACAAAAUUAUUUCGUUCACCCCCACUGGUCCUAAUGUGCAGAAUAAUCCUAUGCCUCCCCACACAGGUGCGACCAAUGCUGUUGAAUUGUGGGAUGAACAGAUCCUGGUAACUGAUGUUAAUGAGGUCAAAAUGCCGCUUGCAACUGUCAAGGAACACCUCGUGCAACAGGGAGUGUUAUGUGAGCUACAUGAUUUCUGCCUACAAUGUUCUUCAAAUCCAGAGGAAUGUGACAGAUUGAGGGCUGAAAUCCAAAAGCUGAUGGAUGAAGGUGUCAUUAGAGUGGAAAGAGUUACUCCCGAUGAAGAGGAGGCCGUUCUAGAAAUCCCCUACUAUCCUGCUGAAGUAUCAAAGACUCAGAGCGCUUCUUUUGUCAUCCAUACUCCGAAUACUCCCUUGGUUAUUCAGGCUCUGACAACUCCAUUGAUUAUUCAAGCCCCAAAUGCUCCUUUGGCCGCCCAUCCUCAGGUUCCCCCUCCCGCAUCUCCUGCUCCCUCUUAG